CCAUGUCCCUUCUGCUCCUUUGAAAUUCUGAAAAUUCAAAAACAAGCACACUUUUCUCUCUAAUUCUUCAAUGGCGAUUGUGAUGCCGGAAAACCUGACCAGAGAGCAGUGCGUGUACAUGGCGAAGCUCGCUGAGCAAGCUGAGCGCUACGAGGAGAUGGUGCAGUUCAUGGAGAAGCUUGUCACGUCUUCAACUCCUGGCUCCGAGCUUACCGUGGAGGAAAGGAACCUGCUCUCCGUGGCCUACAAGAACGUCAUCGGCUCCCUUCGUGCCGCUUGGAGGAUCGUGUCCUCGAUCGAGCAGAAGGAGGAAAGCCGCAAGAACGAGGAGCACGUGGCACUCGUGGAGGCCUACAGAUCGAAAGUUGAGACUGAGUUAUCGGCUGUUUGUUCUGGGAUUUUGAGGAUUCUGGAAUCCAAUUUGAUUCCAUCGGCGGUAGCCGUUGAAUCGAAGGUGUUUUAUUAUAAGAUGAAAGGAGAUUAUCAUAGGUACUUGGCGGAGUUUAAAGUUGGGGAUGAGAGGAAAGCUGCUGCUGAGGAUACUAUGCUUGCUUACAAGGCUGCUCAGGAUAUAGCUCUUGCUGAUCUUGCACCAACGCACCCUAUAAGGUUGGGGUUGGCACUCAACUUCUCAGUGUUUUACUAUGAGAUUCUCAAUUCAUCGGAGAAAGCUUGUAGCAUGGCGAAACAGGCCUUUGAGGAAGCCAUUGCGGAGCUGGACACAUUGGGUGAGGAGUCCUACAAGGAUAGUACUCUCAUCAUGCAACUGCUCAGGGAUAACCUUACUCUCUGGACUUCAGAUAUGCAGGAGCAGAUAGAUGAGGCAUAAUUGGAUGGGAUUGUUUUGGCUCUUCCAAGGGGGUGGGCUAGAAUGUCAUGAACUUUGGUCUAAGUAUAACAAAGCUGUGUAAAAUAUGCUCUGGUUUUAGCUUCCUGACUUUUUCCGAAGAUGUAAUGUAGCUACAACUUUUGGUUGUAAACAACUUUAGGAAAUGAAUUUCAAUUCCCAGGUGAGUGAUUGAUCAGUGCUCCUUGAGUUGAAUAUUUGAAAUUGUGCUUAUAUAUUAUGUAGUGGGUUCUACUUUCUUCUAUUGUUGGUUCUACUGGAAGCCGUCUAUGACCUGUCUCGAUUGUUGUUCAUGAGUUGAAAAUACAAGAUAUGUGGCGGGAUCAAUUUAUAGAGAGUUAGGGUAAGGCUUAUUCAUGUUCAAGUCAUACUCGCGCUGAUCUGUUUACGACAAGUUAAUAAUUGUGUUGUGUUGUGGGUUGACCCAGUAAUC